AUGAACAACUCCAACGUUCAGUGUUCAGCGCUCAGCGCUCAGCGUUCACUAUCACUCAGAGAAGAGCUUAACCUGGCCACUAAUUAUAAGCGCCAAGCUUCCCCCAACAGCACUAAUAGGCCAUCAGUCGGUUUGCCCCUCUCCAGAAUCCCCCCAGGAAAUGAUUGGGAUCGACGCCACGCAGCAGUCCUCAGUAUGCCGCAUGGCGUGGAUGUUACUAGUAAUAUCCUCGAUCGCAAGAUCUUCAGGAUACCACCGUCCGAUGUGACUUCGAUCGCAUACACAUGUAGAUGGACAUAUACAUGUCGAUGCACUUGCGACUUCGUCAAGGAUAAUUCGACUCAAUCCGGAAUGAUUUACUUAAUUCUUGAAUUGUUCAAUCGGCCACAAGGCCACUAUACUCCCCCCACCCCCCUUGAUGCCCCCCUUUGCUUGAUCUAUAUAUAUGUCUCACCGGCCGCGGCUCGCAUUCAAGUGCUCGUCAAACCACUCCCCUCUACUCUCAAGAAACACACGCGGUCAAAUGUGGAAAGACUUACCCGUCAACGUGAAAGGUCAGCGGCUUCGACCAUCCGUGAAAGAACACUCUCCGUCGGACACAUGGAAGAGGCCUGGAUUGGGGCACAGGACGAACCUCCCCAGCUGGUGCCACUGGAAGAAGGACCUCCAUUGGGCGCCCACGGCUACCUCUACACUUUACACGGCCAAAAGCGGUCGAUGCGGGACUUCCCCAUUGUGAACAAUGUCGACCCGACCACGGAGCUACCAGUCGUUGACGCCUCCAACUUUUUCAAAGGCUCACCACGCUUUCCUGACAUCCCGCUCCACCAAUCCCGCGUUGUCGUCGACUCACACAAAUUUUUGGUCGUCGGCUACAUUGACCAAUACAUUCCGCGAAACCAAACAUUGGCCGGUAUCAGUCGGAAUCUAAUUUGGCGUGGCGAACUCGCCGUUUUUCAACUCGGGAUCAGGGUUCCCAUUCUCUCGAGGUUUAGCGUGGCCUCCAACAUUGUGAAUAAGGCUUUACGCCUCUUCAUGUCGAGAGUAUUAGAGGCCGUCGAGGAGGAUGAGGAGCCACCCGUCAACAUCAUUUACUCAGGUUGGAUCCGAUAUCUGAUUCAAAGCACUUUCAAAGGAUUGAUCAAUGAUACGUACACAUGUAGUAUACGCACAUAUGCUUUAUGUAUUUUAUACACAAAUUAUGCCGAUGCAAAUGCCCGCGACGUAAUUCCAAAUAGUGGGUCUCACUUGUUUGCCUCUUCUACCGGUACCAUGCCCCUAAGACGAAAUGGCACACCAAGCUCGAGCUCACGGACGCAUUUGAGGGAAUCCUGA